AAGACUUCGUGUUGAAAGAGCGACCAGAGUGCUCUCUUCUCCUCUCUCUCUCUUUCUCUCAACAAAAACACAAACAAUCCUUCCUUCGUUAUCUUUUGUUCUUGUUACCAACUCCCAGAUUCUCACAACAGUACCACCACAACCUCCAACAUUGCAAGAGUUGAGACAUCUCAUAAAAAAAACUAAAACUCAUCAGGUUUCACUACGUUGAGCAUGGUUCUUCUGAUGGAUGGGGAGACUAGUACUAUGGAGGAAGAAACAGCUGUUAUGGAAGAUUCCUAUGAUGAUGGAUUUUCCUGUGGAGAGCCACGAGUUGAGCCUCGUGUUGGAGAUGAAUAUCAGGCCGAGAUUCCUCCUAUGAUGUCUGCAUCCGAGCGUGCUGCGUUUCUUUCGACUCCUGUUUCUUUGGAUGCUUCUUCCUGUUCUUUUCUUGUCGGACUACCUGUCCAAGUCAUGUGGAUUGACAAACAUGGAAGAGGACAAGGGAAUGGAGAUGAUAAUGUUGACAUGAACCAGUCUUUGAAAUCUUUGAGAGCCAAGAAAAGCCGUUGCUCUGCCAAGAACAGAGGCAAGAGUGAUAAGAAUCAAAGAUUGAAUCUUGAAGCUGUUCCCGCUAUACCAUCCAAUCCUUGGGGAGAUUUUGAGGUGGCUAGCUUUGUUCUUGGUCUGUAUACAUUUGGAAAGAACUUUACUCAGGUGAAGAACUUCAUGGAGAACAAAGGAAGAGGAGAUAUUGUCUUGUUUUACUAUGGGAAGUUCUACAAUUCUGCUCAGUACCACAGUUGGUCUGCAUCCCGCAAGAAGCGGAACAGGAAAUGUGUAUAUGGAAGAAAGCUCUACUCAGGUUGGAGGCAACAGCAGUUGUUAACCCGUUUGAUGCCUUCUAUACCUGAUGAAGCUCAGAAACAGAUGCUCGUGGAUGUCUCAAAGUCAUUUGCUGAAAGUAAUAUCACUCUGGAGAACUACGUAAACGAAGUGAAGAAUCUUGUGGGUCUCAGUCUUCUGGUAGACGCUGUGGCGAUUGGUAAAGAAAAAGAAGAUCUCACGGUUCCUACAUCAACACCAAUGAAGACCAAACCAUGGUUCACGGUUUCUUCGAAACCUUCUUCGGUACCAGGCGUAGGGGCUUACAAUUCACUCACAUCUGCUGCCAUAAUAAAACAAUUAACUGGCAGUUCACGUCUGAGCAAAGCCCGUUGCAAUGAUAUAUUCUGGGACGCCGUAUGGCCACGUUUGCUAGACAGUGGAUGGCGUUCAGAGCAGCCUGAGGAUCGGGGUUAUUUAAGAUCCAAGGAUUACAUUGUUUUCAUUGUCCCUGGCGUGGAAAAGUUUUCAAGACAGGAGCUUGUCAAAGGCUAUCAUUACUUUGAUUCCAUCAGUGAUAUUCUAACAAAGGUUGUUUCAGAGCCUGAGCUUAUUGACAUUGAAACAGGAGGGGAGAUCAGAGAAGCCACCGCUGCAGAGAAUUCUCCUGACCAAUCAGAUGAAGAGUUUUCUCGGUCUGAUAGUCAGAUACACCGUUACCUCAGGUCUCCAUUUUCUAACCGUGAAACUCUGGGAAUGAACUUCACUGUUGUGGACACUAGUUUGGCUGCUGGAGGAGGGAAGUUGUGUGAUUUACGAUAUCCUAAUGCAGUGUCUCUAGUUUCUGAGCCAAAGACUCGACUAGGAGAUAAAUAUUCUUCUGCGCCCCUGGACAAUCAGAAUGUGGAAAAGUCUGAAGUAAGGCCUCUAGAUACCAAGAAUCAAGUGGAUGACCAAGUGCGAUUAACGAUUAUUGAUACGAGUAUAGACCACUGCGAAAAGUUAUCUGGCUUUAGGAGAUGGAGACCUUUACCAAGUGACGUCACAAAAAGGGAUUAUGUUGGGGAUGAUUCUGCUAUAAAGGAAGAGAAGACUUUUGAGAAGGUGAAGGAGCCAUCAAAGAGGUUGAUUAAGCAGAGGCCUACCCCUCCAACAGAAACCAAGCAUCAUUCAGUAAAUUCUGCACCAUAUAUGAAGCGCAGACGGCUCAGUGCUUGCAUUUCAAGAGAAAGUCCAGUCUCCAGACAUUUACCGGGGGAUGACACAAAAAGGACUGGUUGUCUUGAAUCAGAGCAGCAAGAUCUACGUGCAGUCCAACACCAAAACAGCACUGGUGAAGAGAUGAAGCAGGACAAAGAGACAUAUGAAACCGUGUUGUUGGUUGAGCAAAUGAACUUGAAGUCUGAUCAACCAAACAAGACUGGAGCUGAGCCGUCUUCUUCGCUUGUUGAGAUUCAAGAAACAUCAGAGAUUGAACCAAGCGGGUUAAAUUCUAUCUCCAGGCGGGUUAAACUCUGUUCAGUGACAGAGCCAGAAGAAAAACGGGCUUCUAUUGAUGUGGAACAAAAGCAAGCAGUUGAGCUCCCUUCUACUACUAAUAGAUUUACUUCCAAUGAUCUGGAAACUACUCAAGAACUGGGUUCAUCUGAACAACGCCGCGACCAACAGAGUAGUACAGAUGUUCCGAGAAGACAGAGCACAAGAAAACGACCACUGACCACUCGGGCACUGGAAGCUCUUGAAUCCGACUUUCUUACAAGCAAGAGAAUGAAAAGCACGAGUAAACCGGAACCGAGAAAACGCGAAAGUUCAACAAAGAAAAAGCGCUCAGCUAAAGCGGGUAACGGAAAUGGGAGUGCAGAUUUGGAGCACAGAGGAGAAGCUAGAAGCAGUCUUGUAAAGAAAGCACCAACAAGUAAGCCCUUGGAUCAAAUAGAGGAUUCAAAACCUAGCUAUCUUGUCAAUGAAGCAAGAGCUGAGAGUAAGGCUCUGGAUCAAGGACAGGUUUCAAAGCCAGUCCAAACUGAAUACCCUAAGCUUCCACCGAUUGUGUUGAAGUUUCCAUUCAGGCGUGGCUAAGGAGCUUCAGGAACGUAAGUCUGAGAGUUUUGAAAGUUGGGUGUGCAAAGAUUAUUUAUUGGUCUUGCUGAAGAAUAAAUGUGUACAGAAGAAAUAUUUAUUUUAUUUCAAACCCUUUGCUAUAUUCUUAUUAUUUCUAUUAUUAGUCAGAAGUAAUGUUUCUAUUAUUGAUGGCUUGGGA